GCGAGGACUGGAUGCAGAGGAGCAUGCAAUAUCUCACUGUGUGCGACCAGUUUCAGGGGAGCACACGGCCCGUCACCCCACCACCUAUGCCACCUGUACCAUCUGCCAGAUGGCUCCUUUAUGUCCACGUCGAGGGUGUCUUGUCCUGGUAUGAGGAACUCAAAGCCAGGGUCAUCUCUGUCUUUGGGUCCAUCCUAAAGAUGGAUUCCACAAAAAAGGUGACCAAAAAACUGGCAGGAGCCGCAGCGGGGACUGCAGCCUGGGUCACGAAUGUGGGGAACGAGCACGGACAGAUCUUAAUGUCCGUUCUCACCUCACAUGAGGGUCAGGGGCUGCUCCCAAUGACUACAGGCCUGGUCAACAGGUACAAGUUGGCCGGGGUUCCUCCUCCUCACGUGCUCUACGUGGACAGAGACUGCUGCUCGGCAAUGGGAACAUCGAGAGCAGGUGCCAUGUUUGUCGGGUGGGAUGACCUGGUGCUGCGCCUCGAUGUUUGGCACUUUUUGAGGCGCUUUGCAGCUGGUCUCCACACAGACAGUCACCCGCUGUACGGCCUAUUUAUGGAAAAGCUCUCUGCCUGCAUCUUUGAGUGGGAUGAGGGAGAUGUGGUCAUGCUGAAGGAGGCAAAAAGGAGGGAGCUUGAGCAAUGCCAGGGCGUCACAGGCCUCACAGAUGAGCUGCUAAUGAGGAAGCUUAACCCCAAGCAGCUGGCGAAGCACUGUCGCCGUCGUACACGCGGCACCGAAGUUACAGAGCGUAUGAUUGGGGAGACAUUGGAGGGCUUCAAGGAUGCCAAGGAAACCAUCGGGAUUUCCUUGAUGGAUCAAGAAAGGAUACAGGCGAGGUACCUGGUCGAGCUCAGGGAAAAACCCUGUCUCUCGGAUAGGGAAGCCGCUGUUAUUAUCCAGCUGUGGGACAGACUCCCAGACAGCGACAAACAGGGGCUUUCCUAUCCACCCAGGCACAAGGACAAGGUUUUGCAGAGCAUGUUUAAGGCCACACACUCAAAAAAUCUUGCCACGGAGAAGAGAGGUGUGUCCUGGGGCAAGGAUCAGGAUCUGCACAAUGGCCUACAAUAAGCAGAAUUGUAGAGGCUGUAUGUCUGGAGCUGUGCUCCAUAAAUCAAGCAGGUAGGAUAAAGUGGGGCGUUACUAUGAACCGGUGGUCAGCCAUUCUCCAUGACUACCAGGCCAUCAGGAGGCUGGUGGGGAACUGCCCUACACUGAAGGGAAAGACCCGAAUUCAGCUGUUCGAGGUCAAUCAACGGACACUUUCUGUUUGGUAUGUAUUUUCUUUCAGUCAUCCCACUUCUCAUUAUAAAACGUUUGUUCUGUUUCAAAGGAAAUGUUUGGAGGAUCAACUUUAUUAUUAUCAAUAUCACUACAUUUUAUUUGCUUUGUUUUAUUUUUUUAAACCAUGCAACAUCUACGGAAUAACUAUUGAAUAAAAACAAGGAGUCACAAGAAGUCUUGCUUUACAGUGAUUUUUUGACAGAUUGUGGAGUUAUUAAAAAGCACCCUUAGUUGCUCUAACAUCACUGUCUAUAACCACAGUGUCACUGAGCUAACUGCUUUAGUAAGUAGUUUCUUUCACUAAACCAAUUUCCAGAUUUGGUGGAAUUCUUUUAAUUGUACAAUUUAAAUAGGUACAACGACUAAAGGAAGAAAAUUGAGGCAAAUGUCUUGUCACUGAGUUUGCCCCUACCUCAGAUGAGCAUGGUGUCUCACACCCCUCUUCCAGUGGCCAGACAGAAGCCUUCAGGGACAUUAGGGGCUGAAACAGCUAUUCGACCCUACCACUUUGUUGUGAACCCAUACAAGUCAAAUCAGGCCACUCGGCGGGGACAACGCCCACCUCACCCUGCAGCAGCGCCCCUCUCUGCGCCACCAGCAGCGCCCCUCUCUGCUGCAGGGAAUUCUCCCCUUAAAGCGUUGAGCAGGUCAACACUUUGGAGAAAAAGGAAGGCAGCAGAGAGUUUGGCUCGAGAACAGGGACUUCACAUGCCCGAGCAACAAGCCCGCAAACACUACACGUGCCGUCAGUGUGGGCAACUACGCAGAAGAGAGUUUGGGCACGCCAGGAUUAGAGGGACAUUCUUCUGUGCCACCACAGAGGGGAAGACUGUGGAGGACUGGAUUAAAGAAAUGAGA